GCUGACCCUUUUGUCUUUUAGCUCCUGCUGUCAUCCGACAAUAGCUUUGAUCGGAAUGAAGUGGCUAACAUUAACACACCACUUUCCCCUAUCAACUAACAGUUAGCUAGUUCACGUAAAAUUCAGCUAGCUAACGUUUGUCUUUUUCUGUCCAUAUUAAAGCUAACAAUAGAGCAACAUGCCCAAAUGCCAUGCUACUGAAUGGGGGGGAUAGUUAAUGUCAAUAUGGUCAAUAAAUGCACCCCAUGUUGGUUCAAAUGUAACCAAUUUUAAUAUGUCGCAUGUAUCAUUCACGUAGAGCAAUAAAGCAUGUAUGGUUAAAGUCCCAUCUCGAUGCAUGGCCUCAUUUUAAGAGGUCACAAGCCAACAAGCUAGUGAAGCACUGUUUUAGACGAUAGUGUUCUUUCAACUUUGUGGCAGCAGUUUGGGGAAGUGGGAAAUGGUGUUCCCAGUUUGGUAUGGAAGUACUUGAAGAUCCAUAUUGCACAGCGUCAGUGAUACAAAAUACCUGCAUCCAGGUGCCAAUACCAAUGGAGAAUGAUGAGGGAAAGAAGAUGGGGGAAUCAGAGCCUGUGCUUCAUACACAGCAGCCGUGUCGCUUCUUCUCUCAAGGAAGACGCUGCAAUUUUGGCAAGAAAUGCACAUUCCUACAUAUAAGAGAUGAUGCCAAUGCUCAUGAGAAGAAAACUACCAGGACACACAGCCAUUCAGAUGUCCCUUCUCCAAACUCAGAGGUCUCUGGAGAAGAUGUGGGUCACAGGCCUCCUCCUAGUAACUCUACGGUUACCCCAGCAGCUAGCCGCCGCCGCCCCUGUCGCUACUUUAUCUCAGGCCACUGCACCAUGGAAGACCGGUGUCGCUUCUGGCAUCCACCAGAGUUCCCCCCAGUGGAUCACCAGCCUGUUCCUGUCAAUUACCCAAGACCUGCACAGAGGAUGCAAUCUGUCCCCCGCCCCGGCAUCCUCCAGGAGGUCAAGCUGUGUGACCUGACAGAGGAUGUCGCCAAGCAGCUCCGAGACACAGAGAUCCAGCAGUUGAAGAAGCGCUUUCCCAAAGAUCAGCUAAUUAUUCAGGAACGCAGUGAUGGCAAAGUUACUUAUUACAGGGCGACUGUAGAGGCCACUGAUCCAGACUGGCCCUUUGAUCUGAAAGAAGUCGACAUCAUGGUGAGCUUCCCAGACAGUUACCCCCAGGAGAUUUUCACAUUGGACAUACCGUUGGACCAAGAGCUUCCACCAGUAAUGGCCAGACAUGUACAGCAAGCGUCACUGGAGUGGCUUCAAGCCAAGCAUGCAACCAAUCAGCUUCUGGGAAAGGUAGAGCUGCUCUUCCGGCCUUUUCUUCGCUGGCUAGAUCGUAGCUUGGAGAGACUGUUCACUGAAGGAGCCCGGCAGUUAAAAAAAGAUGUCGAUUUAGAAAAAGCUGGAUUGCAAUUCAUACCGUAUCAGGAGCUCCAGGCAACAGUGUGUGAAAAGUCUGGGAAUGAUCAUUCCUCUGACACCGCUGCUGCAGAUGAGGAUGUCAGUGAUGAUGGAAAACUGGACCAGACAGAGGGCAAAAGGACAAUGGAGGGAGGGAAGUUAGUGCAGCAAGAGGGUCCAGAUUGUGAUGAGGGGGAGGAGGGGGAGGAGAGGGAGGAUGAAGCCAGUCAUCUGGUGGAGAACAUUAAGAUCAGAGAUCCCCGCAGAGGCACAGAGAUGAAGCUGCUGGGACUGAGGAUGGGAGAGAAUACAGCCACAGUAGUGGCCCAACAAAUCACUGUCUGUCUUCAAUGUAACAGGUGCAAGGUAACUGCAGAUCUGUCACUGACUGGAAGGACACCCUGCACAGCUCAAUGUGAAAAGUGCAGUGCAAGCAUCACUGCUGCAUUCAGGCCCUGCAUGCUGCACCAUUACAACGAUGUCCUGGGAUACCUGGACCUUCACAAUGCCGCACCUGCUGACCUUGUACUUCAGGACUGUGAACUCAUUGUGGGCUGCCUUAGCUGCUCCCAGGAGGGCCCUGUGCAGAACCUUUCCUAUGGUCAAACAAAGGAGGUUAAUUGUGAACACUGCCACAGUAAACUCAGUAUUCUGGCUGAGAGCACAAGAUUCCAGUAUAUUCAGCCACGCGUCAACAAAACAGGUCCAAGUGCUUGUGCUGUUAAUUAUAAGAUGAUAAGAGAUCCUGCUGUGCAGAAAGGGAAAGCACUGCCAGAAAAAGGAGGAUGCAAACAUUACAAACAGAGCCAUCGCUGGCUACGGUUUCCCUGCUGUGGACGGGCUUACCCCUGCGAUGUGUGCCAUGAUCAGGACCAGGACCACCCCAUGGAACUGGCCAACAGGAUGAUCUGUGGCUACUGUGCCAAAGAACAGCCAUUUAGCAAUGGAAAGCCUUGCAUCAGCUGUGGAAGCAUGAUGACUAGAGGCGCACGCUCUAGCCACUGGGAAGGAGGACUGGGAUGCAGAAACAAAGUCAAAAUGAGCAGAAAUGAUCGACAUAAAUAUGCCAACACCAACAAAACAAUUUCAAGGAAGGCCGUCGGCGAAAAGAAGUAGACGAAGGAGAGCAUUAUUGCCCUAAUUUGUGAAUUGUGAAUUUUACAAUUGAUUUCAAUGAAAUUGUUCCAUAUUUUACCCAAUAAGUCAUGUUGUUAUGAUUUAUUUUCUGUGAUUGUGAGAAAAUUCCGAUCCAUUCUGUAAAAUUCUUCUGAUUAGAAAACUUUUACAAAUAAUUUCUUUUACCUCCUUCCAUGCAUUAAACUAUUCAACCUUGUACUGGUUAAAAAACUUAA